CUCCCCCCUUAAGCUUAUUCUUAGAUUAUUCCAAGUCACGCUCCUUCAUCAAAACUGAAGCCUUUUUGACGGACAAGAAUCGGUGCACUAAUCCCGAAUCAAUACACUCGAGUUACUUGAAUUUUUUCUUUUGGCGUUACUUAACUCGCCAUGAAGUUCUCUUGCUCCAAUGCUUUCCCAUUCUGGCUCUUGGUAAUCCUCCCCUCAACCUUUCAUCUUCCGAGCACUGCAUGUUUGAAGAUCCCCGAAACUUCACAAGUUCAACGACCGAUAUUGGCUAAACGAGGGGUCAUAGUUCCGCCUCGUUUUGUGAUCAUUCCCCUCUUCGGACCGAUAUCCUUCAACGAAAUGUUCGAUUGGGGGGUCCCACUGGGAGGGCAAGACAGUAAGCGUAUUGGUAGUAGCUAUGAGACGAGAGUGAAGCACCUAGCCACUCAAGCCAUCGGCGACGUCGUGGAACGGUACGCCAAAGCACAUCCCGAAAUGGCCAAGACGAUGGCAUUGGACAUGCACGAGAUUUACCUCGAGGAAUCUGGACAACUUUCUCAAACCGAUGAGCGCCGAGUCAUCAAGGCUAGAGAGGACCUUGCAAAGCUGUUUGAGGACCAUCCCGAGCUACAGUCACAGGCCGAAGACAAAUUCCAAUUCCAGGUCGACAAUCUCUUCCUCUCGCGAAAGCCGUCCGACUGGAAAGACAAACCACAAGUCACAAACGAUUGGGCGCAUAUCAAUCCUCACGAUGAUUGAGCACGUUGUUUUUUUCUCUGUGAUUGCGGAACUGCAAAUCACCGCUCGAGACUCUUUGCCGAGCACCCUCCGCGCCAUUCAACUAACUCAACAACCACCAUCUUCAGGACUUUUUUUCUCAGUAGCCAUCUUCAUGCUGAUCUAGUUGGAAUUUUCCUCUUUGUAUCUUCAUCUCCUACUGAGUACCACAUCUCACUCAUUUUAUCUCCUCAUGUCACCAUCUUUUAUUAUAUAUCUUGAUCUCCGAAACUGCCAGCUUUCUUUUCAACACAAACUCACUAUGUGUGGCGUCCCCAGUAUAACCAUACUAUAUCCAGUCUACUUAUAUAUAUAUAAAGUGUGCAUUCUUAUGCCAAGGAAAAAACAAACUUGAUCAGGUUCUCAGACCAAAUU